GGAAGGGAAGGCGAGGCGAGGCGAGGGGAAGGGAGGGGAGGAGCGGCCGGCGAUGCGGCUGCAGUGCGAUGUGGAGGUGGUGAGCCGGCUGCUGCCCACCUGCGGGCUGCGGGGCCGCGGUCGCGGCACCAGAGCUCUGCUGUCCCUCGGCCGCCAGCCCGGCCGGGCGCGGGGCGGCGUGUGCCUGAUGGUUUGCACGGCGCGGGACCGGGCCGGGGUUCGCUACCGGGUGCAGGACAACGUGGAGCAGUUCUUCACCCGCUUCGUGGAGGAGGGCAAAGCCACCGUGAGACUGAAGGAGCCCGCCGUGGAUGUGUGCCUCAGUAAGGCAAAUGUCAGCAAUCUAAAGACUUUCCUUUCAGCUGUGAGACUGGCUCACCAAGGGACCGACGUCGCUGCUCUCCCACUCUCAGCUUUGGUACCAGCAAAGACCUCAGAAGUUGAGAAGCCUAAAACCAAACUGAUCAUCACUUCCAGAAGGGACUAUCCUCUCACCAAGGGCUUCCCCUAUUCCCUCGAGCACCUCCAAACCUCAUACUGCAAACUGGCCCGGGUCGACACGCGUGUGCUGUGUCUGAAGAAGCUGCGAAAGUUAGACCUGAGCCACAACCACAUAAAGCAGCUGCCAGCCACCAUCGGUGAGCUGGUCUUCCUUCAGGAGCUGAACCUGCACGACAAUCACCUGGAGUCGUUCAGCAGCGCUCUGUGCAGCUCUACCCUCCAGAAAUCUCUCCAGUGCUUGGACCUCAGCCAGAACAAAAUCAAAGCGCUCCCGAUUCAGUUCUGCCAGCUGCGAGAACUGGUGAAUUUAAAGCUGGAUGACAAUGAGUUGAUCAGGUUGCCGUUCAAGAUCGGCCAGUUGGAUCAUCUGCGCUUUCUGUCAGCGGCUCGGAACAAACUGCCCUUCCUGCCCAGCGAUUUUAGGAAGCUCUGUCUUGAGAACUUGGAUCUCUUUGGAAAUCCUUUUGAACAGCCCAAUCCCCUUCUUCCCAGCAUACAAUUGAAAAUACCAUUGACUUUAUUAGAGUGUGCUGCAAGAGCUACUGUAAAUUACAGAAUCCCGUACGGUUGUCAGCUGCUGCCUUCCCACCUUUGCAAAGAUCUGGAAGUGGCCAAGACCUGCCAGUGCGGCAGCGCCUGCCUGAGCAGCUUCAUUCAGCUGACGGUGACCAUGAACCUGCACCACGUGGCUCACACCGUGGUCCUGGUGGACAACAUGGGCGGCACGGAGGCGCCCAUCAUCUGCUACUUCUGUUCUCUGGGCUGCUAUUCCCAGUUCCUGGACAGGUACCUGCAGAGCAGCGCCGACCACUGACAGCCCUGUUCUCGCAGGAGCUGCAGGAGGUUCUCUGUCGCAGCCUUGCGUGGAGGGGACGCGGUGCCCAGCUGCUGCUGGAGCCUCUGCCAGGAGCCAGAAAUGCUGGUUGAAUGAGAACGUGCUCCAGUUGUGUUCUCAUUGCCUGUGCUUCAAGAAGGGGCCUUUUGUUGUCGUUUUUUUUACUGAACAAUUUGUAUCUCUUUGUAAUAGAAACACCUUUUCUAAACACACCAGCUGUGCUUUGUUUCCUUGGGCGUUGUGCAGAUUGAAUCCCACGCUGGGGGUUCCUGGUGUGUAAUGAUGAUGUCGGAGAGACCCGGGAGUUCUUCACUCUGAUGUGUAAAGGUUUCUUCACUCCGCUAUUUUAACCGUUCCUGUACCGUUCUGUGUCAUUAAAUGCUGUAUCUGC